AUGACUACUCCCCCCUCCGUCCUCGAGCCGGACUGGAGCAUGGUCUGGGAAUCCCAUAUCCCGCUCACAUCUACAAGUGCGGAUUUACAUAUGAGUGACUGGUCCGCAUGGAGUGCCAGCCAUGUCAGCAGCAGCAGCAACAGCCCCGAAGCCUUGCAAGCUCCCCUCUCCCUCCCAUUACCACCACUGCAGCCACCCCUGCAACCACAGCAGCAGCAGCAGCAGCCUUGCCAGCACCCCACCACAACCGUCGCCGCCCCUCCAUCGAAGCGUCGAAAAAGCAUCGGUGGCAUGUCCGUGCGGCUGCCUAUCCGGAAAUCUAUAUUGCGGAACCCGAACUCUUCGCCGGCGCCCAGAAGAACCCCGAAAACUAAAGCAAUCUCCUCACACAUCCCCUUCGAGAUAUGGCUGGAGAUCUUCUCGUAUUGUUCUCCGGCGCAGCUGGCGAAGCUCCGUCGGGUCAAUUCCAGCUUCAAAGGAUUCAUAGACGAUGAAAAGAUUUGGGCAAAGAGGAAAUUCGUUUCGACUCAGCGCGGGAACUACUAUGGUCUCGGCGGGGGAGACCCGUGCUACUGGAAAGACGAAGUGACCGCAUUUAAGAUUGCCUAUGAUGAGAAGAAGAGCCAGGAAGCCGAAUUCCCGGGCAUCCUCGCUACUUUUAUCGAGUUUGAAAAGGACCAGGUUAAAGUUCAGAUGGACUUGGCGGUAAAGAUGUGCGACUUCGAGAGAAUUGAAGCUGUAAACCGCCGCGAGGAACUCGCUGAAAUCCGCCGUCAACGUCUUAUCUCAAUCCCGGAGAAAUGCAAAGAACACUUUGAGCCUCCAAUUCCCGAGGGCGUCCUUGAACUCAUCCCGUCUUACCAGGCUGCGCUCAAGGCUGGUAAUAUUCUCACCGACCGAGGCUGGAAAACGCUGGUUACAAAGAUCACAACCGAACGAACAAGAGCCGAGGCGCAGUACCAACAACGCCAACAAGAGAAAGAGCAGGCACAUCGCAAGUACACAAGCAUCAGGCGAAAAGUCCGUAAAGAGGAGGCAUUAGACUACAGAAACCUCCGGGAGCUCAAAUCUGCCAUGCCAAAGCUGUUGAAGUAUGCUAAAGAUUUUAUUAGAAGGGAAGGUGGAGUUCUUCUUCUUGAGUCCAGAAAGGUUCAAUCUUUCAUCAUGGAGACAUUCAAGUACUGCAGACGUACUUGGUAUGAGAAAAACCCCAAGAACCCCCUGCCAUUCAGGGCAGCAUACUUCAUCUGGGAAGAGGUAAUCGAGGAACUAUUUAACCGUGGUGGGUUCGAUGUGAAGUUUUGCUGCGAGUACUGUACGAUCCUAGGAACGUGGGAGGAGAUUAUUUUUCAUCUCGCAAUGGAUCACCAAAAGAAGCCAGGUAUGCAAGGGCUUGCGAGAUAUCCUGUGGAGUUUCAACCGGAAGAAAAAUACACCUACAAGAGACCUAUCCCGAACUGGGAUGGCGCUGAAUGGCCAGAAAAGAUUCCGAUCUGUGCCGGAGGACCAAAGUUUUUCCCUAAAUACCUGAAAGCUGCCCCUCCUAAGCCUGUGAUAUCAGCUAGCACCUCUACAACAGGCUCUCCGAAACCCAGGAAACCAAAAAAGCCCGGAACAAGGGAUGAUCCAAUUUGCAUGUUUGCGAGCAACAGUUGUACUAUAAAACCGCAAACUUCAACACGCAUGCUUAUCCUCCGCGCCAUCACGGAACUCAAUGACCUUCAUGUCCCCCCCUUCUUCCAACUAUCCAUAUUCUUCAAGAAGAUUGUGCUAGAGUUCAAACGCUACAAGUUCCGCGUGGAAUUCAAUGAACUCUACUACGAGUUGAUCCGGAUCUGUAGCAGGCCUGAAAAGACUCCUGCAUGCUUCUCCCACGAUUCAAUUAUGUGCCAUACAUGCUUAUGCUCCUGGGAGGGAGCUGAGAGCAGCAUAAUCACGCUCAUGCAGCACUUCUUCGAGAAGCACCACCAGGUCAAGGAUUGGCGAAAAGACAUGCUGCUCAUGCCCGGCCCUCCAGAUAUCCUUGAUAUGUUCCAAAAACUUAACGACCGCCAGAUGGAAUACCGUUGGGAUCAGAGAGCAACAGAACACCAGCUUGACACAAGCUCUGCAAGAGAGAAAAUGACCAUUGCGGAUCAAAACGGAGAUGUUUUGUGUCCGAUGGAACAGCUGAAGAACAUCAUCGUGCUGAAGCAAGGCACCAAUAUUUUUGAGGGCAUUGAACGGAAGAAUGGCGAGCUCCACAUCCGGGAUGAAAACAACAGCAUGGACAGGAAGAGGAAGCGGGAGGCCGGAGAGGCUUUUGACGAGGAUGUGCAAGGAGAAGGGAGUGAUAAGGGGAAGGAGAGUGAUGGAUCCGAAUUUUCUUUUGAGGAUUUUAUCGCGGAGAGUGAGGAUUGGGAGCUUGGCAGUUCUGCAGACUCGUUCGGUGAAUUUGAUGAUGACCUCUGCGGGAUUGACUCCGAAACCUGGGUUGAAGAUGAUGACCAGAUGGAGCUCAGCGAUAUGAUGUUCGCUUAA